CAUUAACAAUGAUACAAGUGCUAAAUCUAUGGAAGAUAAAGUUGAGAAACAGGUUUGUGUUAACCAUGAAGUUGAAUUUCAAGAGGAAACAUGUCUAAGCUCAACACCAACUUCAACACCUAAUGAUGAAAUAAUUAAUACAGAAGAAGACAUUUUGAAUGCAACUUCCAAAGAAGUGGUAUGUGAUACCAUUGGAGAUAUAAACAUCCUACAAGUUACAAGUAAGAUACUAGAAAAUAAUGAGCAACGAGUGGAACGAGGCUGUAAAUCUUUAGGUAAGCCUAUUCUCUCACCAGGACUAGAUCUUGAAAAUGGGGUCCU